UCACAAUGAAUAUAACACUCAUCAAAACCCUCAUAAUACGAAUCUAAAAUGUGAUAAACCUUGUCACUUUAAUUUGUAUAUAUUUCAAGUUUUCUCUUCUUUAUAUUAUAUUAUUACGUUUAAGAUUUCGUGAGUAGUGGGAAGACGCCCAUUGUUUUGAUCCAAGAUGUCAGCGCCCUCAAGAAUAAUCGUCCAGAGCGAUUGGGAUCAAUCUUUGAGGACAAUCAAUGGGAAAGCAUGGUUGACUGUAAAGAAAACUGGAUCCCCUAGUAUUUAUGGAGAAAUUGUGACAACACAGCUCUCAGAGGAAUGUGGCUCCCCCUAUGUUAGGGCAUCAGAAAAUUUUGCAGUUCCAGCAAUUUCAAAAAAAUCCUUGACUGUCACCUAUACAGAUCCCGAGAGUGACAUCAAUUGUGUCACAUGUCACUUCAGAGCUCCAAAUGUCACAUUCUCUACUAUACAUACACAUGGAAAAUCUGUACUAGGGCUAGAUGUAACAGAAGGAGGUCUUGCAGUGUCAUCAGAUACUGCUGGGAAACUCCUCCUUUGGCAAACAAAUAAUGGAGAGAUCAGGAGAGAGCUGAUAGGCCAUGUGGGUGAUGUAUACACCUGUCGCUUUUUUCCCUCAGGUGUUGUCAUUGUUAGUGCAGGGGCUGAUACACAGCUGAAGAUAUGGUCUGCUGAAACUGGUCAAUGUGCCGCUACCAUUGUGGGGCAUAAAGCAGGUGUGAAUGAAGUUAAUAUUAUUGAUCGUGGUAGAAACAUACUUUCAUGUUCAAACGAUGGUACAGUGAAACUAUGGGACUGUGGUCAACAGAAGUGUCUAGGUACCAUAGAACCAAAUACAGGGGUACUGAACUGUUGCGCUGUACAGAAGGUUUAUUCAGAUGUUACCCUUAGUGGUACGAGAGAAAAUAUAGAUGAAAGAGAGAUUGGUACUGCAGGAAAGAUGCUUUUAACAGGAGGGGAAGGAAAAUUACUAAAGGCAUAUGGCCUUCAAAGCAGGGAAUCUGUGUUUGAGCUGCAGUGUCAUGACGCAGUUAAUUGUGUGACAUUUCUGUCUGAUGUUACUGCAGUGUGCGGGACACAGAGUGGUCAUAUAGUUGUCAUAGACAUCAGGAAUCCAAGUGUUCCAUUGAAAGAGUACAAGGACACAAGAUCAGCCAUUCUAUCAGUUUUAACACACAAGCAGGGGUUCCUUGCUUCAACAGGUGUGAAUGAAGUUAAUAUUAUUGAUCGUGGUAGAAACAUACUCUCAUGUUCAAAUGAUGGUACAGUGAAACUAUGGGACUGUGGUCAACAGAAGUGUCUAGGUACGAUAGAACCAAACACAGGGGUACUGAACUGUUGUGCUGUACAGAAGGUUUAUUCAGAUGUUACCCUUGGUGGUACUAGAGAAAAUAUAGAUGAAAGAGAAGUUGGUACUGCAGGAAAGAUGCUUUUAACAGGAGGGGAAGGGAAACUACUGAAGGCAUAUGGCCUUCAAAGCAGGGAAUCUGUGUUUGAGCUGCAGUGUCAUGACGCAGUUAACUGUGUGACAUUUCUGUCUGAUGUUACUGCAGUGUGCGGGACACAGAGUGGUCAUAUAGUUGUCAUAGACAUCAGGAAUCCAAGUGUUCCAUUGAAAGAGUACAAGGACACAAGAUCAGCCAUUCUAUCAGUUUUAACACACACGCAGGGGUUCCUUGCUUCAACAGGAGAUGGUUCUUGCUUUUACAUGGAUGAGUCAUACACUUCAACGUUAGACCUAACAGGCCCAGAUUGUGAUCCAGUGUACAGGGUGGUACAGGACAGAGACAAUAUUUACACUGCAUGCAGGGAUGGCAGCAUUAGGAAAUAUAAGCUGGAUUCUUGACAACAAUUCAACAUUGUAUUAUCGAUAUAUGUAAAUAGACAAUUGAAGCAACUGAAUACAACAGUUUUUAUCGUACCUAAUAAAGGUACGAUAUUGUCGUCAGCUUGACGGGC